AUGCCGGGCGUAAUGGAGAUAGAAAAGCCGCCGCAUACGCAACUGCGAGUCAUUAUCGUCGGAGCGGGUCUUGCAGGCCUCGCCGCAGCAGUGUCAAUCUCUCUCUCGGGACAUCAGGUUACAGUUUUGGAAUCGGCCAAGGAACUUUUAGAAGUCGGAGCGGGUCUACAAUGCACUCCCAACUGCACACGUAUUCUCCAGAAAUGGGGCCUUCCUGACCGACUAUGGCAGUCUGCUGCUGAGCCUACCUCGCUAGUCGUCCAUCGAUACUCAGGCAAAACUCUUGCCAUAGAACCCGACUUUCAUAAGCACAUCCGGAAGAAGUACGGGGCUCCUUUUGUUGAUCUACAUCGCGUCGACCUUCAGCUCUCUUUCUACGACAAAGCAAAAGAACUGGGCGUUCAGUUCAAGCUCGGAGAUAAAGUGGACGAUAUUGACUUCGAUAUUCCCGAGGUCAAGACCGAGGCCGGUUUCAAAUACAGUGGUGACCUUAUCGUUGCAGCAGAUGGGCUCUGGUCAAAAUGCCGCUCCAAGUUUCUUUCCACUGACGAUAAGCCCAAACCGACUGGCGAUCUGGCAUACCGAGUUGUGCUGAACGUGAAUGAGCUCGACGACCCAGAGCUUCGGGAAUGGGUCGAACGACCAACAGUGCAUUUCUGGAUUGGUCCUGGGGCUCACGCUGUGGGUUACUCCAUGCGUGGCGGACAGAUGUACAACAUCGUGCUCCUUGUACCGGAUGAUCUACCAUCGGGCAUCAGCCGACAAGCUGGUUCAGUGGAGGAGAUGCGACAGUUGUUCAAUGACUGGGACCCAAUUUUGGGGAGGUUCCUGAGCAAAGUGGACAAGGUCGACAAGUGGAAGUUGAUGCACAGAGAAGAGCUCGAUUCGUGGAUCAACGACAACUCCAACUUUGUUUUCGUAGGCGACGCCUGUCAUCCAAUGCUUCCUUACCUGGCCCAAGGCGCCAACUCGGCCGUUGAGGAUGGGGCGGUCUUGGGACUUCUUCUCGGAUAUAUUCAAUCGAAGAACCAACUUCCAAAAGCCUUGAAUAUGUACGAGGAGCUGCGCAAGUCUCGCGGUGAGGCUAUUGUUAGAGAGACAUUUAAACAGCGAGAGUCUUUUCAUAUGCCAGAUGGACCCGCUCAAGAGGCUCGAGACAAGACUUUCCUGUCCCAGUUGGGCGCUGAAGAACUCCAAGGCCCAUUCCCAAGUAGGUGGACUUGCCCACAGGUGCAGCCGUGGCUCUAUGGAUAUGAUGCCUUUGAGGUUGUGGAGGAUGCAGUAAAGAACAGCCCCUUUAGCAAUUAA